AUGCCGAAGGGAGAAAAGAAAAAAACUCCCAGCUCUGCACUUCUACCCAUUAGCAAAUUCCGAAGGAAAUUAGUGGAGAGUAUUCAAGGCAACAUCUUUGUCGUGGUGACGGGUGAGACGGGAAGUGGGAAAACCACCCAACUUCCCAAAUAUUUAUUUGAAGAAGGGUUUGCCAGGCAGGGCACCAUUGCUGUGACACAGCCACGGCGUGUGGCUGCCAUAUCCGUGGCUGAAAGAGUGGCAGAGGAACUAGGCUGCCCAGUGGGGGGCCUUGUGGGAUACCAAGUUCGCUUUGAGGAAUGCAUCUCAGAGGAAACUGCAAUCAAGUAUCUGACAGACGGGUGCCUGUUACGGCAGAUCUUGGCAGACCCACAUCUGACCCAGUACAGCGUCGUCGUUCUGGACGAAGCUCACGAACGGAGUCUCUGCACGGAUAUCCUCUUUGGCCUAUUGAAGCAGCUGCUCCAUCGGGAAAAAGAAGUCAAGAGGAAGGAACCCUUGAAGGUCGUGGUGAUGUCUGCCACCUUGGACGUGGAGAAGUUCUCGGCGUUCUUCGGGCAUUGCUCGGUGGUGGAGAUCCCAGGAAGAAAAUACCUGGUGGAGGAGGUCUUCUGUGAUAGUCUGGGCCCCAGAGAUGCCAACAGCUCUGCCUUCAUCACAGAGACUAUCAAAGUGACCUUGGAUGUCCAUCUGAAUGGCUCGGCUGGAGACAUCCUGGUUUUUCUGACAGGGCAAUCGGAGAUUGAAAGAGCUUGCGAGCUUCUUUUCCAAAAAGCCGAGAUGAUAGAUUACCGCUUUGACGUAAGAGAGCGCUCCGUGGAAGGCUUACUUAUCUUGCCCCUGUACGGAUGCAUGCCAACAGAUCAGCAGAGACGGAUAUUCCUGCCGCCUCCGCCAGGGAUCAGGAAAUGCGUCGUGUCCACAAAUAUCGCAGCAACAUCUUUGACCAUUGAUGGGAUCAAGUAUGUGGUUGAUAGUGGGUUUGUGAAGCAGUUAAGCCACAACCCAAGAGUUGGCUUGGACGUGCUGGAGGUGGUGCCAAUUUCGAAGAGCGAGGCGGUGCAGCGUGCAGGCCGAGCCGGUAGAACAGCAUCUGGGAAAUGCUUCCGGGUUUAUAACAAGGAAUUCUGGGAACAGUGCAUGCCCGAUCACAUGGUUCCAGAGAUCCAACGGACCAGUUUGACCUCAGUGAUGCUGACUUUGAAGUGCCUGGCCAUCCACAACGUCAUCAGUCUGCCUCCUAACUUGUCCUGUGCCGUCCUCAAGGCUGCCUCUCUGGGCUGUGAUGACUUGCUGCUCCCCAUUGCAGCCAUGCUGUCUGUGGAGAAGGUCUUCAUUCAUCCAGGUGAGAACAG